AGUCGGCGUUUUGCGGAGUCCGAGGUCUGUUUGUCGGUUGGCGGCGCAGUGUGAGCGGAGUGCGUGGCUCCAAUGUCGACCAAUCAGUGUGCGGGCCGCUGACCCGGGGUCAUCAGUCAGCUGACCGGGCCGUGACCUGGCGGAGGUCGGUCGGUAGUGACGGGGCGGAGUCGGAGAGGGGUGCCUGGUGCUCCGGUUUGGACCGUGAUCAUGGAGCCGGCCGAGAGAGGACUGUAUUUAGUGGCGUCGCUGCUUCUCAUCACAGAAGCGGCGUGCAGCUUGAGCAUAUACGAAGUGGACAUUCCGCGCCAUAUUCGUCGCGGCGAGGACACCUACCUGUCAUGCCUGUUCGAUCUCGGGGGUCAACAGCUCUAUGCCACCAAAUGGUACAAGGACGGAAAGGAGAUCUACAGAUACGAGCCCUCCAACGCCGUGCAGAAGAAGAGCUUUCCAGAGAACGGCAUAACGGUGGACCUGGAUUCGUCGAACGCGACGCACGUGCGUCUGUCGGCGCCGACGCUCCGCUAUUCAGGAGGAUACGUGUGCGAGGUGUCGCUCGACAAGCCAACCUUUGCUACGGAGCAGGGCAAGGGCAACGUGCGAGUCGUCGUGUUCCCGUCCGAUGGUCCGAUCAUCACCGGUGGUAACCCGCGGUACGAGGUCGGUGACCGGGUCACGGUCAACUGCACCUCGUUCAGGAGUCAGCCAGCCGCCCAGCUGGCAUGGUACAUCAACAACGAACGGGCGUCUUUCACACAUCUGAAGCUCUGGCCUCCCAGCAUCGACGACGACGAUCUGCAGACGGUCACCGUCGGACUCAGCUUCCGCGUGCGUCCGCGACACUUCCGCGCGGGAGAUCUGAAGCUGAAGUGCGUCUCGCAGCUGGAGGACCCUUUGGGACCGCUCUACUGGAGGAGCAGGGAGCUGAGCGUCGCCGAGGGUCGGCCGUUGGAGCUCUCCCGGCGCACAGAGGACACAUCGGCCGCCAGAGACUCAAAAUGUACACUGUGCCAGGAGCUGGCUCGGUGGAUUUUCUUCGCUGUGGGCAUCAUCCUCGCCCGGUGAACAGUCGGGACCCGGCAGCGCCACCUACUCGUGAGUAAGGCGAGCAGCGUUCGUUGGACGGCGGUCGUCGAGAGCGCGUCUUGCGCCACCUGGGUGGGUCUCAGCUGAGCUCCCGAGCGCCCGAGAGCCGCAGCGCCGUAAUACGGUGAUAUUUCGAGACGUGUAAGGGUCUGACAGACGGUGCCACCAAGUGAUCUGAGACGGCAUCUCGAGGAGACGCAGACCACUGAUGGGAGAAGGCUCUUCCAACGAUCUUGCAGCUUUGUGCUCGUCUCCCUGCAUCGUCCAGAGCUCACGGAGCCGGAAGGUCUGCUUUGUCACUUGCAGGUGGCUUGGUAGGAAAGGAGUGUGAGUGCCGAAAGGCACUAGAGGUGUAUGCUAAUACGACCAGAGACCGACAAUAUGCCACAGAGCUGUGCAUGAGAUAGAGCAAUGACAGACUAGUGUCGGUUGUGGACUUUUCAACCGACCAUAGUGGAUUCGUCGACAAGUCAAACGUCUGACGGGCAAUGUGCAUCUCAUCGCGUCUAAUUCCGUCAAAUUGUGUUGUACCUACCGGCUACCGCAUCUAAGACUCCAAGUGAGAUGUGUGAGCGCGUCGUUCGGUGAGAAUCUGACCACGACGUGUGAGCUAUCUGAUGCGAGCUUACUCUCUGAUGGGACAUGCAUUGCGCUGUUCGUUCUAUUGCUGUGUUCUACGGGGUGACCCGAUCGGUUCGGCGGCUGGUGAGUGACUAUUGUCUGUUUGUCAGACACUUUGAUCACUUACUGUCGUCAUAUGUUACAUUCAAAGCGCGCCCUGUUGGCUGAAAGCCGUGUACAAUUUACCUGUAUUCAGGUAGUCAAAUAUCCCGACAGUUUCAUCGUGGGAUCGCAAUGUUGAAUACUGCGGAUAGGUAUAACUGGAAGGCGGUUUGCUGGGCUUUGUCAUUGUGAUAAAUGCUAGUCGAUAGCAGAAUGAGGACGGUGAGCUGAUAUUUAUAAUGUGCCGAUGUUUAUUUCGGUGAGUCUUGCCGUACUCGUAUGAAUGCCUGUACAGAUUGCGGGGUAUAAACCCACUGCUGGCGGCAAGCCUAUCGCUGAUAACAGGUUGUUGAGAACGCCGAAUGACCGUCCUGUCUGUGAAUGCUUGAGUUUGUCACAAAUGCACACUGUUCACUAAUGA